CAGUUGCAUGUUUGUUUUACACGAUCUGAUCGUAACCAUCUUCAGUUCCGGUGUUUACUGAGCUCCAACUUCUUAUAAUUGGUUGAAUGACAUACUAGCGCUUUCUAAAGAAUUUGGUUUACUAGGAAAUGAUGAAUAAUUACGUUCAAUUAUGCUGUUUUACACAUUAUAAUCAAAGUUUAGUACAAUUCAAAGCAGAACGUAAUAAAUAAAACACAUACGCCCAUACUAGCAUACGCUAUUUGAAUAAUGGCCAAACCUCAUUGUGAACAUACAACCACACUGAUGGGCCUCAGUGCUGUAUGUUUGGCUAAUUUAAUUUAUGUGCUAGGUUUGGUUGAAGCGUGGGAUUGUUACUUCACAGGGCAUCCAAGACAUUAAUAAUAAAUCUAUAAAUAAAAUGUACAUUUAAAAAAAAUGUCAUGAAUGGAUAAUGGUGUGUGAAAUUCAAUAAACAAAACAUUUCAGUUUUGGUUUAGAAGUAAAAUGAAGAGCUAAUGGCAUGGAUAACCACUGGAUGCGUAAACAAAAAUGAAAACAAAACACCAAGAUGCUGAGUGCGCCAGCAAUUAUUUAUUUUAUUCAUUUUUUUAAAAGUAGAACAAACAAAAAAGUGAGUCAUAACUCAAACCACUGGUUUGAGAUACUUGUUUGCAAAGUCUCCGCCUCCAUAUCUAAGGAAGGAAGAUGUGGUCCUCACCUACUACAGCUCCUUCAUGCAAUAGGCAUAUUUGUGCAUAUCACAUGUGCCAGCUUGACUGCCAUUGGUUUACAGAGUGUCUUUGCAUGUUUCCAGCCAAAGAGUUUUAGUUUUAAGCUGAUGUCCUUUAAUUCAUCUUCACUUUCUGGCAUCAUUCCUGUGACAGCACCGUAAGAACAAUGAGUACCAUGAGAAGUCCCAAGCAUCUAGCAGAUGCUUGUCUUCCCUCCUCCACGGGAGAGAUCUUGACAAGCAAAGACGACCCUGGAAGCUUAAGAGGGCUUCUGCCACUCACCGGCUCAUCUGUACUGGCACAGCGACUGUUCCACCUCCAGUCAUACCGCAACCCGCUCAGACCCAAUAGACGACGCAAACGUGAGAUGACUCCCACUGAGAAAAAGGAUGCUUCGUAUUGGGUUAAACGGAAGAAAAACAACGAGGCCGCCAAGCGUUCUAGAGAGAAGCGGCGACUCAACGACUUCAUGCUGGAGGGGCAACUUCUGGCACUGAGCGAGGAGAAUGCCCAGCUCCGGGCCGAGGUGCUGAGUUUGCAUUAUCACAUGGGGACUGGGCGAGGGCUGGAUGUCACUCAUCCCAUUGUGCCCUUCCACUAUCCCACUGCAUCCCAUCUCAAGCCUUCCAUGUGGGGUUUGCCUACUGGUACUGCUCCUCUUCCAGCAGAAGCUCCAGAGCUGUACCACUCUUGGCAUGGUUCAUCUCCAUUCAUCUCGCCCCUGAGGGUGCCUCUUAAAAGUGCCAACCUACCAUCACAGAUUAGCCAUUUGGACAACAAUGCUGACCCAGUAGAGGCAGACACAGCAUCUCACCCACAGGUCUCUUCCAGCAACGACCCACCAAGCCACCCACAACUGUUUCCGGCCCACAGAGCAUCUGCGGCCUCACCACCCCCUCCUCAGAUGCUGCCUGGGCUGAGCCAGCCUCCCAACCAGCACAGCAACCAGAUGCUACCUUGGGGCUCAUCAUCUUUGCGUCCAUCUCCCCUUCACCCCAGCUGGCCACUGUCCUUUCCUAUGUCACUACGAGAGACAGACGGAUCUCAUAAUGGCGUAAGGUCCCUCUGGAACUUCAACAGCAGGUACAACAUGCUGUCAGCUGAGAUCUCAGGACAGCUCAGAAGAAUAUUUUGCCCGGAGAACUCUUAACCAGCAAUAAUGCUGCCUGAACAGUUUUACAUUGUGAUAGUAAUCUGCUAAAAGGGAUGGUUCACCCAAAAAUGAACUGUAGAUUUACUCACCCUCAUGUUGUUCCA